AUGAGUUCUAAAGCUUUUAGUUAUUUUGCAAGCGACGCUAACUUCGUCAACCCUUACACCAACGACGAUCGAGUUGAUCUCAGCCAAGUAUGGGUCGAUAUACCGAGUAUACUUGUAGCCUUGGGAGGCGAUGUAGAUGUCAACGUACGAGGAGCUCUCGGUGCUGGCAGCUUAAAAGUACGCCUCGCCCGAGAAGACGACGAUGGUAGAGCGUUAUUAGCAACCAUGCCCUUAGCUUUAGAUGCAGAAAGCCGAAUGACUCUUCUAUGUGGAUACUUCUCAAGAGGUCGCAUUUACUAUUUAGAAAUAAUCGCCGACAAAGAAAAUUUCUUAUCCGAAGAUCAUGACACAAACAAUACUGAUAUAUAUAUAUACAAUAUGUAA